GGAGUGGGCGGUGUUGGGGCCCUCUCCAAAAUGCUCCGCCUGGUUCCCGUCCGGGUCUCGUGUUCACAAAACCCCAGGACAUCCCGCCUGCUCCUGACUCCAUGAAACCACCCCCUGGCCCUGAGCACCCGGACACACUUCCUGGGCCAGCUGCUUCCAGAAAGGGGAGAUUCUGAGACAACCCGGACUGCUGGCACCCCUGCUUCCCAGCCCCCCCUCCGCCGGGAGGGGAAAAAGUCUGAAAAGCAGCCAAAAGCUGGGCUUUUUUUCUGCCGUUUCCAAGCAAAACACAUUGUGGAAAAGCCAGGUCCCACGCGGAUGAGGAGCCUGGAGCCCGAUGCCCCCUCUGCACGGUGACCAAUGUUCUGUGGUGGUGCCGGGAGACAUCUCCCAGAGGCCCACAGGAUGGAGAGCACCCAACGCCGCUAUCAGGCCAUACCAGUUGCCCUCUGCCUCCUCCUGGGCAUUGGGAUGGCAGCCCCAGAAUCAUUCCAUGUGCUGGGUCCCGCCAGCCCCAUCUCUGCCCCACUGGGGGGCACUGUGCUGCUGCCCUGCCAUCUCUCCCCCGCGCUCAGUGCCCAGGCCAUGCAGGUGAAAUGGAGCCGGCCCCAGUUGGGCCAGGACGUCCACGUCUACUGGCCGAACAGGAGCGAGGAGCAGGGCACGGGUUACCAGGGCAGGACGGAGCUCACCACCCAGGGCCUGGCCCAUGGGAACGUCUCCCUGAGGAUCCGGGAUGUCCAGCCAUCAGACGAAGGGCAGCACUUGUGCGAGGUCCAGUCACCCAGUCACUACAGCACGGCCCUGCUGGAGCUCAGCGUGACGGGCUCUGGCUCAGACCCUGUCCUGCACAUGGCUGGGCACAAGGACUGGGGGGUGUGGGUCUUGUGUCUCUCUGAGGGGUGGUACCCAGAGCCCCACGUGCUCUGGAGGAAUGGCCGUGGGGAGACCCUGAGCCCCAGGUCUGAACAGAAACUGCGCAGCGACAACGGCCUAUUCAACAUCUCCAGCUCCUUGGUGGUGACUGAGAGCUCGGACCCAGCACUGACCUGCACCAUCAAAGCCGGCUUCUCCAGCCCAGAGAGAGAGACGACUAUUCAUAUCACAGGGCUCUUCCCCAGGCAUGCCCCGGAAAUGUGGGCCUUUCUCAUCUUUCUACCAGUAUGUCUCUUCCUUGUGCCGUUGGCUGUUUAUCUCUUCCGAAAGCUCCAGGUACUCAAAGGUGAGGUGUCCAAAGAGCGCGAAUGGAGACAAUUUCUCGAUAAAGUGUCCCUGUCGGCAGCAGAGGUGACGCUGGACCAGAGCACUGCCAACCCCUUCCUGGUGCUCUCAGCAGAUGGCAGGAGUGUGACGUGUGGCAUCCUCUGGCAAGACGUCCCCAAGAGUGACCGGAGAUUCGACCCCCUCCCCUGCGUCCUGGCCUCCCAGUGCUUUGCAGCCAGGCAACACUACUGGGACGUGGAGGUGGGCCAGUGGGGAGACUGGGCCAUUGGGGCAGCCCAGAGCUCCAUGGAGAGCAUGGGGGUGUUUCAGCUGUCCCCGGAUGUGGGGGUCUGGGCCCUGCAGUGCCAGGAGGGGGAGUGGAGUGCUCUCACCUGCCCUGAGACACCGCUGCAGCUGGAGUCAGCACCCAGGAUGGUCCGGGUGCACCUGGACUGCGAGCAGGCAAGCCUGGCCUUCUACAACGCUGAGGGCAUGGUGCACAUCUUCACCUUCACUGGCUGUUCCCGGGAUCCUCUCUUCCCCUUCUUCUUGCUCUGGACUUCUGGGGCGCAGCUCACCAUACUGCCUCCAGGGCACAGAAAGACUGUGGAGAUGGACAGGACAACACGUACAGUAACACCCAAAAUGGGGAAAAGACAGGGCAGUCUUAUAGAACUUCUGAUCAUGCCAGGGCAGAGUUAAGGAUUUUUGGCUGGGAAUUCCCUUGUGUUCAAACGGGCAAAAUUAAGGGUGUUAAAUUCCUUUGUCUUCAAAGGGGCAGAGUAAAGGGUUUUUAACCAGGAAUUUCCUUGCAAAGGGACAGUGUUACGGAUGUUUUCCCAGGGAUUUCCUUGCUUUCAAAUAGCUGCUUGGUUUAAUAUACAUGGCAAUGCUGAACAGAGUUAGAUCGUGCCUGCUUUUGGCGGUUGGUGAUCCUCUGACUUUUGUAUUGUGCCUUAAAACAUCUGCCCAAAGUAGUUAUUACUGAAACGAACCUAUUUUACUGAGGGCUUAGAACUUACCUAUUUUUUAAAAGGCAUAUUUUAUUGCAGUAUUUGAACCAAUUUUGGCUACAGUCAGGGAACCAGGCACAAUCAGACUUUCCUGUGGAGAUGCAACUAUUACUCAGUAUUACCAGCCGGAAAAACUCCAAAGCUUAAAUGUUUAAACAGCAAACUUUAUUUGUAAACUUGUUUCAUUUUUCCCUGGAACCAACCUAAGUCUACAUAAAGGGUAUUUAACUUUGAAAUUAACAUUGAGAUACACAGCUCAUUCUUUCUUAGCAUGGGAAGUUCCCAUCUGAGAUCAGGGCCCCAUUGUGAUGGGCUCUGCACAGACACAUGGUGACCCAGAUCGGGGCAGAGCUGGGAACUGUCCCCAUGUUUAUUAAGUCCCAAUCCAAUGCCUUAACCGCAAGCCCAGUCAGCAUGCACAGCUGGGUGCACACGCAAUUCCCCUGAUUAUGCAGAGAACCUGAGACAUUUGUGAGGAAACUUCCUGGGCAGCUGUGAUAGCACGGGCUGGGGCUUUGGGGGGCUGAUUUUUAAUUGUCCCCCCAAAAUUGUAUAUGUUCAUAGUGGUGGUGGUGGGUGGGAGGAAGCACAAAGUGAAGGUUUGUCUACGCCUGAACAGCUUGAGUCAUGGCCCCGCCGGGGAGGCCCCCUGCCCCGUUAUCCUCAGUCUCCCCUCCUGGAAAGCAGUGGCCUCUCCCCGCAGCACCCAGCCACUGCUCCUGUCUCUCCGCAUGGGGCACAGCUGGCAGUUCACCUGGCCUCCAAACGGGGGCCUACUCUGAGUCAACAGGAAACCCACACACGGGAGUGAGGCAGCCCCAAACCAUGGCCCUGGUUGUGACGUUAUUAAUCUGAACUGGCACCAUAUAGAUCAUUGUUGCAACAAAGGUCCUGAAGUGGCACAAAAUUUUGUAUAAAGGGGGUCAAAUAAGGUGUCUAAGACAAGGUUAUGGUUUGCUGGUUACGAUUAUGCUGUCUAUAUGUAUGUAUCAUUUUUGUAUUUAAAGUUAUAAGUAUUGGCUCUAUACUGUCUGUAUUUCAAACUUAUGCUAUGCUUCUGGGGGAGACCCCAGACAAUUUGGUGUCAGCACUGCCUAGCCUGAUUGAUGGCCCAUUAAGGACCAUCAGCUGUACAAUAGACGCAUUGAGAGAAGGCACAUACUCCUUGAGACUCAGCAAGAUAUUCAGGGACCUGCCUAUGGACAGAACACUAAGGUUUUUCUAUGCCAUGUGCUGGGUAGCUUGUCUUUGGGACAAAGAAAGCAGAGACCACAUGACAAGAGACUAUAAAAAGGCUGAUGCAUCUCCUCCAUCUUGUUUUCCGUCCUGCUUCUUACUUCUGGAAGGACUUUGAUACAAACUGAAGCUCUGAACAAAGGACUGAAUGACCCAUCCCCGCUGUGGAUGUACUCCAGAGACUUGAUUUGAACCUGCAGUUUGUUCCAUAACUGGUACAAGCCUGAACCAAGAACUUUGCCAUUACUGUAUAUAAUUGAUUCCAUUUAACCAAUUCUAGCUCUCAUCUAUAUCUUUUUCCUUUUCAUAGAUUCAUAGAUAUUAAGGUCAGAAGGGACCAUUAUGAUCAUCUAGUCUGACCUCCUGCACAAUGCAGGCCACCAAAUCUCACCUCCCCCGCCCCCCCCCCAAUAAACCUCUCACCUAUGUCUGAGCUAUUGAAGACCUCAAAUCAUGGUUUAAAGACUUCAAGGUGCAGAGAAUCCUCCAGCAAGUGACCCAUGCCCCAUGCUGCAGAGGAAGGCGAAAAAACCCCAGGGCCUCUUCCAAUCUGCCCUGGAGGAAAAUUCCUUCCUGAUCCCAGAUAUGGCGAUCAGCUGAACCCUGAGCAUGUGGGCAAGAUUCACCAGCCAGAUACCAAGGAAAGGAUUCUCUGUAGUAACUCAGAUCCCACCCCAUCUAACAUUCCAUCACGGGCUAUUGGGCCUGUCAUAAAUAUAAAAGGGAAGGGUAAACACCUUUAAAAUCCCUCCUGGCCAGAGGAAAAAUCCUUUCACCUGUAAAGGGUUAAGAAGCUAGGAUAACCUCGCUGGCACCUGACCAAAAUGACCAGUGAGGAGACAAGAUACUUUCAAAGCUGGAUGGGGGGAGAAACAAAGGUUCUCUCUGUCUGUGUGAUGCUUUUGCCGGGAACAGAGCAGGAAUGGAGUCUUAGAACUUAGUAAGUAAUCUAGCUAGAUAUGUGUUAGAUUCUGUUUUGGUUAAAUGGCUGAUAAAAUAAGCUGUGCUGAAUGGAAUGUAGAUUCCUGUUUUUGUGUCUUUUUGUAACUUAAGGUUUUGCCUAGAGGGAUUCUCUGGUUUGAAUCUGAUUAUCCUGUAAGGUAUUUACCAUCCUGAUUUUACAGAGGUGAUUCUUUUACUUUUUCUUCAAUUAAAAUUCUUCUUUUAAGAA